ACCGCGUGGAGGAGCAGUGUUGCAAUCAAGCGCAGCCGAAGCAACUCUGGCGAGUAGUCGAUACCACCGCGAAUCGGUACUCACUCGCUCAGCGGCAGCCAUUUUAACUUUUGGCGUCGAAAAUACGGCGAGGAAAUCUGAGGAAGCCGGAGAUCCUGUUGGUCUGUGUGGUUUUUUCGCAUCCAGCGCAAGCAGUGUGUAGUGCUCGAGGGCCCGUGGUUACCAGUGAGUGUGCGAGGAAGUCGAGAAGUUGAGUUUAAGAAGCGGAGUCGGAUUUGCGGAUCAGUAGUCUAACCAAAACCGAAGCGAAGAUGUCGAUGUCUGCCACGUGCUACAAGUGCAACCGGCCGGGCCACUUUGCCCGGGACUGCAGUCUCGGAGGCGGCGGUGGUCCGGGAGGCGUUGGAGGAGGCGGUGGUGGCGGCGGCGGCGGUAUGCGCGGCAGUGAUGGCGGCGGCAUGCGUCGCAACCGCGAGAAGUGCUACAAAUGCAACCAGUUUGGGCACUUCGCACGUGCCUGCCCCGAGGAGGCCGAGCGCUGCUACCGUUGCAACGGCAUCGGGCACAUCUCGAAGGACUGCACCCAGGCGGAUAACCCGACCUGCUACCGGUGCAACAAGACCGGACACUGGGUGCGCAACUGCCCGGAGGCCGUCAACGAACGUGGACCGGCCAAUGUGUCGUGCUACAAGUGCAACCGCACCGGACACAUCUCCAAGAACUGCCCGGAGACCUCGAAGACUUGCUACGGCUGCGGCAAGAGCGGACACCUGAGGCGCGAGUGCGACGAGAAGGGAGGACGGAACUAGGCGCCACCACCCACCCGUGGCACCUCACAAAUAUAAUCAUCGAAGGAGGAAUAUGAGUAAUAAUUCAACACACGAAGAACAACCAGAAGAAGAUGAGAAAGAAAGAAAAAAAAAAUGAAAAAAACGAAAAAUCAAUUUGCUACAACAUUCACAAAGCCAGCCAACAGCAAAAACAACAUCUAGAAGCGAAAGCAGCAGCAGCACCCAAGUCAAGAUCAACCCCUCCAAAAUAAAGAACCCACAUCCACAUCCCUUCAUUAACACACGCAGCAUAUAAAUCCAUAAUCCUGAACAUCAUCCAGUAACCAUCGCUGAUUCCAAAAGCCGAGCCUGCAGCGCGGUGCCAACGUCCCGAGAACUGAAAGAAGACAAGGAAGGAGAAGUAUUGGCUUUCCGAGGGAAAGCCGCCAGAUGAGGAAUCACGGAGGCCACGGAGGAAGAAGGCAAGGGCUCCUCGAGCAGGGGUCGGAGGAGCAGAACCAGAAGACGAUAGCCAACGGCAGCUGUGCAGCCGAGAGAGCAGAUGACGCCGACGACGAGGAAUAGGAUGAGGACGAGGUAGAAGAUGAAGAAGAAGACACGACGACCCAAUUUGUAAGAUGAGACUAAACCGCAACAGCAACAACAAAAGAAAUCACCAAGCAAACCACUUUACUAUAAUUAUACCUAUAUGAUUAUGAUUAUGCUGCAAAGUGUUUGAAUUUACUAAUUACAUUAUAACGAAUGGAAUGAAACUAUAUAAGAUUAUAUAAAGAAAAAUACCUUAAAGAAUACUAUUUAAAUCUAAUGAUCCUAUUAGGAGUUCCACAGCCAGAAACAACCGAAUGAAAAGCGUAAAUAAAAAUUAUAAAAACCAAUGAAAAAGCGAAGAAUCAGGCGGCUAGAAGAUCAGGCCACGUUACCACUCCACACUCCACUCCAUCCAGCUGCUGCCGGCGAGCCUUGGGAAUUCUCCAGGAUCUAAGACUGCCUAUCUAUCAUCCAGUAACCAGUAUCCCACCCCUAUACCAUCACCAACAACGCAAUCCAUAUCCAUACCAUACCGCACACCCAUCAGCCAAGACGCCCGGCAAGAUCUCUCGAGCGGGGUAGCAUGCUAUGUAGCUCAUAGCUGUGGAGCCAAAGGGGGCAGCAAACAAGAACAGAGAAGCAGACAAAUAACAAGAAGAGAACAUCAACAAUGGUAGAGACAUACACGACGACUUUGAAAACGGAACGCAACGCUGGAGAGGAUGAGCUAAGCGGUUGAAGAAGCAGACAAGCCAAAGCCAGCGGCACUCAGAACGAACACUCAGUGGGCAGAUGAAGAAGACAACGGCACACACACACCUUCAGUUCAGUUCAGUUGGACGGACGGGACACAAAAGAUGCGAGACCGAAACCUACGUACGAUGAAGGAAAUGAAAAUUCAAAUAUCACUGUGAUUGUUUUUUAAUUGUAAAUUAAAAUGCUGGAGCUGCUGAUUUGAGACAAAAAAAAAUAA